AUGUUUUGGAAAAAGGAUCCAAGCGUUACUUGGGAAAGAAAAAAUAUCAACAACAUUGACUUUAGCUAUCUGAAUGUAGCAAUAAUUGGCGGUACUGGUGGAAUUGGACGCGCCAUAAGUAGAGAGUUGGCGCAACGGGAUGCCAAGGUUACCGUCGUCGGGCAAACGUUCAAGGACGAAGACUUGGCUGACAAGAUUAAGUUUGUCAAGGCUGACUUGAGCUUAGUAUCAGAAUGUAAGCGUAUCUCUCACAGCGAUGAGAUUCCUUACGAGAAGCUGACACAUUUGAUUUUCACUACUGGUAUCAUUGCCUCACGCCAAAGACAAGCUACAAGUGAGGGAUUAGAGAAGGACAUGGCGGUGAGUUAUUUGAGUAGAUAUAUUAUAUUCCAUGACGUUGCCAAGCGACUAGGCACCAAUAGAACGAAAAAAGAUGACUUGCCAAAAGUAUUCAUCGCCGGGUUCCCAGGCAAUGGCCAAUUGGGGGACCCAGAUGAUUUGAACUCUGAUGAGAAAAAUUACAGUGCCUAUGCCACACACACAAACACGGUAGCUGCCAAUGAAUGCUUGGUUCUCGACGCUAAGGACAGGUAUACGAACAUAGACACUUUUGGUUUGAACCCGGGCAUAAUCAAAACGAAUAUCCGCAGUAAUCUCCUUGGCAGCAACACCUACAUCGGCCGCAUUGCAGAAUGGAUCAUUAGUUGGACUUUCCAAAGUGCAGAGACGUAUGCCAAAAUGAUCUGUACUUUGAUUGUAAGCCCUGCCAUUGAAUCUCGCAGCGGGACAAUGUUCAGUAACAAGGGAGAUGCCAUUUUGCCCACGCCUGGUUUGACGAAAAAUGUUGUCGAGAAGUUCAUGGAAAAUUCAGAACUGUUGGUGGAAAAAGCUCUGCAGAAUCAAAGCCCUCCCACUUCCAGUAACGAAUGA